AUGGCAGCACCCCCGCCAGGCCACCUAGUGCUGGCCCACCUGCUCGUGGCCCUCUUCGGCAUGGGCUCCUGGGCUGCAGUCAAUGGGGUCUGGGUGGAGCUACCGGUGGUGGUCAAGGACCUGCCUGAGGGUUGGAGCCUCCCCUCCUAUCUCUCUGUGCUGGUGGCGCUGGGAAACCUGGGUCUGUUGGUGGUGACGCUGUGGGGGCGGCUGGCCCGCAGCAAGGCGGAGCAGGCUCCCAUUCGAGCAGUGCAGGUGCUGAACGUGGUGGGCACGGCCCUCCUUGCCCCACUGUGGCGCCGUGUGGCCCCUGUGGGCGGGCAGCCCCACUCCGUGGCCUUCCUUACACUGACCUUAUUGCUAGCUCUGGCUUGCUGUGCCUCCAACGUUACCUUCCUGCCCUACCUGAGCCACCUGCAGCCUCCCUUUUUGCGCUCCUUCUUCCUGGGCCAGGGCCUCAGUGCCCUGCUGCCCUGUGUGCUGGCCUUGGCACAGGGUGUCGGGCGCCUUGAGUGCCCCCCCACCUCUUCUAAUGGCACCCUGGGCGCCCCCCACUACUUCCCAGAGCGCUUCUCAGCCAGCUCCUUCUUCUGGGCACUGACUGCCUUUCUGGUUACCUCGGCUGCUGCCUUCCAAGGGCUCCUACUGCUGUUGCCAUCACUGCCGCCACCACCGUCUGCACCCUCAGGGGACAUGGGGUCUCACCUCCAGCGGAGCACCCCUCAAGCUGGUCCUGAGGCAGGAGUAGGGGAAGAGGAGGUCUUGCCCCUGCGGGAGUCGCCGAGCCAGGCAGAAGGCACCACCCCCAGCCCUGACCCCGAGGCCCACAGGCUACUGUCAGCCCGUAGUGCCUCCCUGCUGGGUCUGCUGACCGUCACCAACGCACUGACCAACGGUGUGCUGCCCGCGGUGCAGAGCUUCUCCUGCCUGCCCUAUGGGCGCCUGGCCUACCACCUGGCUGUGGUGCUGGGCAGCGCUGCCAACCCCCUAGCCUGCUUUCUGGCCAUGGGUGUGCUGUGCAGGACCCUGGCAGGCCUUGCUGGUCUCUCUUUGCUGGGUGUGCUCUUUGGGGCCUAUCUGAUGGCGCUGGCGAUCCUGAGCCCCUGCCCACCCCUAGUGGGCACCUCUUCAGGGACCGUUCUUGUGGUCGUGUCCUGGGUGCUCUGCCUUGGCCUCUUUUCCUACGUGAAGGUGGCAGCCAGUUCUCUGCUACACAGUGGGGGCCGCCGGGCAUUGUUGGCCGCAGGUGUGGCUAUCCAAGUGGGCUCCCUGCUGGGGGCAGUCGCCAUGUUUCCUCCCACCAGCAUCUACCACGUGUUCCUUAGUGGGGAAGACUGUGUGGAUGCUUGCCACUCCUGA